GUCGCGGGCCAGAAUCGCAGAUGCAAACCGAGUGCUGCUGUGAAUUGCACUCUGCGACGGCGCAUCGCGCCCGGACGGCGCGCAGGGCACGCGCAAUAGACCACUAAUCGAGUGCUGCGAGACGCUGCGCUCCGAGGCCGCGCGCGGGCAGCACCUACAGCCAUGAAGCCACACUGCCAUGCAGUGUUGCUCGCCGCCCUUGCAAGCGCCCACGCCCCGAAGGCCGACAACAUCUCCCAAACGCCUUAUCGGAGGAAAGCCGCCGUCUUCGCGUCCCUCGAGGACGGCACGGCAGUCCUCUUCAGCGGCAAAACCAAAGACGAGAGGGUCAACAAUGGCCACAUGGCCUACGUGGGCGACACGUGGCUCUUCACGCCGGGGCCGGCGUCCUUCUGGCGGCGGCUGCACUUCGGCGACGAACGCGGUUCGAGGCCGGGGCCGCGGUGGAAGUCGGCCGGCGAUGGAGUGAACGGGAAUCUAUACAUAUUUGGAGGGCACGUGCAGCGCGGGAGUCACUCGUUCUAUUACGACGACAUGUGGGUCCUCGAGAAGCAGUCUACAUGGCGAGAGAUUGAGAAGAAAGAUGUCUGGCCUCCCGCCAGACGAGGUCACGCCGCGGCCCACGCGGACGAUCUACUCGUGAUUGUGGGCGGCCGCCAGCACCACUCCGAAUGCCUGAGGGACGCCUGGGCCUUCAACUCGACGUCGGAAGUCUGGAGGAAGACGUCGACGCCUCCCAAAGGUAGUGGUUAUGGCUGUCGGUGGGGCCACAGUGCAACAGCAAUACCGCCCAUCCCAACCGCCAAAGAUGGUUCGGUGCAAUCAGAACAUACUAUUGCAGUGUUUGGUGGCCGCCAGAAGACGAAAAAAUCAUAUGAUUAUCAUGAUAGCUCAGUAUGGGUCUACUCGCCGAAGUGGGACGCCUGGCGCGAGCUCAAUGGUCCCGCUGAUGCUUCGAGACCGCAAGCGCGGGACCACCACGCCGCCGCUUAUCUCGACGGGGCGUUGUACAUCCAUGGUGGGAAGGUGACGGACCAGGCUACGUCGGCCAAUGAUGACCUCUGGCGUUUUGACUUCGUGACGCACAUCUGGCAACAGUUAUCGUAUGAUGGCAAGGUGCCUCGUUCGAGAUAUUUGCAUUCUGCUUGUUCGUGGCCUUCAGCACCUAGAGCGGCGCCGGCCGCUCUCGGUGCGCGACGGGGAGCUGUGUUACUCUUCGGAGGGGAACACAUCAAAUCAAGAAGAAACGGCAAGAAGAAAUAUGUGAGGUUCGACGACGUCUGGGGCUAUUGGGCGGCGCGGGCCCCCACGGACGGCACGUGGGUCCGGCUCGUCGACAAUGCCGGCGGCACCAAAGAACCCGUGCUCUCGCCCUUUGCGCUCGUUGGUGUCCGGGUGGCGUCGGCCGUGUUGGUGGUAUUGCUGUCGCUGGGCGUCGUGGCCUUGGGGCUGUUCCACCGGUUCUCGCAGCAGAGCAUGGGCGGCACUUCUGCCUUCGAGGCCGGCGCCUGCGCGGGCGACGCGUGUUGAUCCGCCUCCCUCUACAAUUCGAUAUGCUGGUAACUAACUACAAGUAUCCUUUA